UCUGUGACAAAUUGUUCGCUGCAGGCCUACGUAGAUUCUCCAAACGCGUUUGCUGCUAAAGUAGGAAGGAUUAAAUGGUUUUUGAAAAGAAGUCUUCGGCCCGUGUUGCGGAGGCAGGACAGAGGCGUGUGUUGGACGAUGCAACACGCCAGCGGAGGUUAAAUCGCCAGCUGGAUGCUCUAGAGAAGGACAACUUCCAGGAUGACCCUCUCUCCUCCCUGCCUCCCGCCGGUCCUGCCGCCCGCCUGCCCACCUUUAGCGAAGGAGACGAACCUGGUAAGAAGAAGAGGAAAACUAGAGGUGAUCACUUCAAACAGAGAUUUCGCAAAAACUUCCAGACUCUACUAGAAGAAGAGAACGUGUCUGAGAGGGAGGAGCCUAAUUACCUGUCAGCUGCGGCCCCUCCCUCCUCGCUCCCCCCUCGUCUGUUCUGCUCCGUCUGUGGAUUCCCCUCCUCCUACACCUGCUGCUCCUGUGGGGGGCGCUACUGUUCCACACGCUGCCUUAUCACACACAGAGAGACCAGGUGUCUGAAGAUGACUCUGUAACAGCUCAUCUGACCAUACUUGGUCAUGCUCACAGAAUGUGGAUGGUAAAUUCUUCCACCUGUAGCUGUCUAGAAUGUUACAACACAGGAACGGUGCUACGGUUAUGACCGUGUACCAGAGAUGCUAUGGAGAGAACACUACCAGAGAACUAAUGGGGAACGCAACUAGAAAGUUACAAACAUGGUCUGAAGCAGUAGCGGUGCAUGGGUAAAAUCACUGGGAAAGCCAGAAAAAAAGCCAUAUUUCAACCUA